AAAAGCGUGUAGUCCCCUGGCAAGUGUCAACAGUUGACGUUAUCAUCCAGUCCUCUCAACAGUUACGUAAAAUCUAUUUCUGUGUGUGGUGUGUAGUUUUCGUGAAAAAAUAAAGCAAAAUGAUUAAGAUUGCUCUGAUUGUAGCGUCCUUCGUCGCCGUGACGCUUGCCCGGCCAGAACCCCCAGCCGCUUAUGGAGUCCCCCAAUACGCCGCCCCUGCCGUUUUAGCCACCGAAUAUGGACCAGGACCCGCGGUUUCGUACGGUGGUCAAGUUUACAAGCACGUGUACGUUCACUCAGCCCCGGAUGAGGCCCCAGAACACACUCAGAGGACCAUUCGUGUCCCAGGCGGUGGAGAUAAGCACGUCAACAUCAUCUUCGUCAAGACUCCAUCUUCCUCAUCUCACCAACAGACUGAAGUCCUCCUCCCAGAACAGGAACAGCAAAAGACGGUUGUCUACGUCCUCGUGAAGAAGGGUCACAACACUGCCGAUGUCAAGAUUCGCCAACCGGCGUCCCCACUCCCACAAAAGCCAGAGGUUUUCUUCAUCCGAUACAAGGACCACCAAGCCGCCCCAGCCCCAGUUUACGGACCAGUUGCCGUCGCCGCCCCAGUCGCUGUUUCUGCCCCAGUUUAUGGCGUUCCUCAGCCACAAGGAUAUUAAGAACUUUGUUCUUCGACAUUGUUCUCUUCCAGCUAUUAUUUUUCAUGUUUCUUCACCCUUCAUUGCUCAAUGGGCCAGACAUAUAUUUCCUAAAACAAGAAGGAGCAAUUUUCUAAGUCAUUGUAAUCAAGUUGUAAAAUAUUUUCUAUCUUGAACUCUUUUUUAAUACUUUAGUACCUGCCGAAACGAAAGAAGGAAUGAGUGAAUGAUUAUUGUGAUGAUUGAUUUAUGUGUGCACUUUGCUCUAUUUGUUACUGCAUUGUGAAUCCAUUGUUUUUAUAAUAAAAGUUUUUAAUGGAAGUGUAAA